AUGCGUAUGAAAGUAAGAAAGACAAAACAGAUAGCCGCGUAUGCGCUGUUUCUGGGCUGUCUGCGCAUCCAGAGCGCAGCUGGCUCUUUUCAGAGGCGCGGCGAAGAAAGAAAUGCACAGUGCGGCCCUUCUUCUAGAGACCUAAGCUUCGAGGAACUAGAGAAGAGAGAAGCAGCAGAGCAGAUUAUCCGCAUGAGCAAAAGACUUUGCAGUGAGUUUCCCUGGGGAGGCCUUGGCGAGGUGCCCGCCUUGCUCAAAAAUGGGUUCUUGCCUGGAGGGAGCGCGCCAAACACGCAAACCCCGGGGGUCCCUUUUUCCUCUGCCACGCAGGCGGGUGUUUGCGUGGAAAAAGAAAAAAGAGCAAUCGAGGGCUUCUCGGAGCCAGCUAGUAAAAAACAGAAGCCCGCGCAAGACAAUGCUGCGUCCGAAGAACGCGCAGCUUCUUGCACCCCCAUGCCUGAUGCAGCGCAGCCAACCGGGCGCGGCGGGAGGCUGCCCAGCUUUAUUGUGCGCAGGCCCUCUCCAGAGAGUGCAAGGUGCGAAAAUUCUGCUUUUGGUGAGAAAAUGACUGCACUUCUGAACAAAAACACUCUGCUAUACGUCUACAAAAGCCUUUUUUUGAUGGAUAGCUAUCUUUUGGUGCAGGGGCACCCGAAAAACAUGCACGAUGCCAACGGCUUUGGGUUUGAAUCUAGCAGGAGGCCGAAACCCCCGUGCUUGCCGGCUUUUAGCCAGAUUCUUGCUGCUCAGGAGCCUGGGUGCAGCAUAUGGUCUUUUCUUCUCGUGUUUUUAAGCGACGCCCAGGAGCUGGAGAAGGCCUUUGGUGUCCUGGCUUCUUUGCGCAACAGUGCUGAUUUGCAGAAAAAGGGGUUUGCACACUACUAUCCGGACUUUUUCAUUGACUGCUUGGCCUAUGUGCGCCAAAACAGCCCGCAGGAGAGCCCCUUGAAGAUGGCUCAAAGAGUCUGCUGCAGAAAAAAAAGGCUGUGCAGGGACAUCUUUGCAUACGACCCGAUUUAUUUAGAGCACCCGGCGCACUGGAAAGACUUUAUGCCCAACCCCCAUCCUCUUUUCUGGAACAGCUUUGCCUUUGUCAUAUUUAUGCCAGAGGUUUCUAGAGACUUUAUGUAUAUGAGCAGAAAAGUGUUUACUGGCGCCAUAUAUUGCAUGCGGAAUAACCCGAAUUCCAAACAGGAAGAGAUAGCCUGCACAGAAAAGGCUAUAAUAGUGUUGGAGUUUCUGUGGGUGUCCAUAAACAAACAAGCGGCGAACUAUCCAUACCUAUCUAAAGAAAAAGAGAAGAACUACCAGCGCCUUAUAGAGAAGAUGCCACAAAAGGGCAAGAAAGCUGCACAGGCAAUGUAUCCGAUCAUACAGCAUGCGCUCAAGCUGUUCUACAAAAACUGCGCAGCGGAAUACAGAAUAGUGGCGCGCAGCUCAGUGCGCAGCUUUUGUAGAAUGCUAGGAAAGGCUGCGGUUACAGGCCAGCUGUAUGCAAAAAGCACCGUGUCUUUUUCUUGCACCAACGAAACCAUCGUGUGCCUGGAGGAGCAAACAAGUCUCCAAUACAUAGAAGGCCCUCUGAGUGCAGAGGGCUGGCCGGAGCACUACCACAUCCACUUUGUGGACAACAAUGCCCAGACAUAUAGACAGAUGUGCAUGCCUUUGUGCAAAAUUGGCGAAAGCAUGGUGCACAUCCACAGAAUAUCAGACAUUAUCAGGCACAUCUCCAUGGUUUUCGAGAUAAACAUAUACAAGGUGCGCGCGCUAAAGUUCCAGCACGCAACAGGAGAGUGGAUCAUGCUUACGGGCCAGGAUCUUUUCAAAAGCGUGAAGGAUCUCACUGUUGUGUUCUACUACAUUUCAGAGCCUCUGGCGAGUGGCUAUUUCACGCUGGCGGUGUUCAGGAGUCCAAUGAGCCCCGCCGGAAAAAUACAGAUUCCGCUGUUUAUGCCGCCCUUUUUCCGGAGCGCGCUGUUUUUAUCUCCCUACACAGAGCAUAACCUUGAAGGGCACCCGCUGGUGUCUUUUCACGAGCUUGUGCACAAGGGGGUGAAGCCGAGCGUGUAUGUGUAUACUGAAAAUCCACUACACAGCUUUUUUAUGAAAAGCCCGAGCAUGCUGUACAAGUACCAGGAAGCAAUGUACAGCGACUUUUACAUCGGAAGCCCUGCGGGCGCGCCCCGGUGCUGGGAGUAUUGCUUUAGGCUUCUCAACAGCACAACAGCGUGCUGGUACACAAGAGUCCACGAAAACCUGGAGAUAUACACGCACUACAGGUUCAAAUACGUGCCUGGAGGCAGUGCUAUAGAAAAGCACAACUUCAUAGAAAGCAUGAUUGGCAAAAUCAUCAGUCAUUAUGCUGCAGAGGAUGCAAUGGUGUGCGGGUAUACACUAAACAUGGAGGCGGGCGGGCAGCUCAGGAAAGUAAGCGACAUUCACGCCGGCGUGGUGUCUGCAGAGCAGCCUUCGCGCAGCCUCUGUGUGCCCGAGCACACAUAUUUGGCUAUUCGAAGCGUGCGGAAAUUCAAGCCCGAGCUUCGAAUACACAACCAGCUGGUUAGGUUUUUUUUCCACAAUCGGGCGAUGUAG